GAUAGGAUAACCACACAAUUAUUUUCACUUAAAAAAAUGAUAAGACAUUUCGAAUAUUUUGCUGGUGAACGACGUCUUCUUCAAAUAGCCUCACUCUCUUUUUUGAAAGAUACACGUCUUGGAAUUGAUGGUGCACAUUGGUUACGUAAACUAUUGCAAACAUGUGCUAAAGAGCCUGCUAUUGCUGCAUUAGGAGGUAUUCCGAUUGGACUUAAGAAUGCAAUUGAAGAAGAAUUGCAACAAUUCAAGUUGCAUGGAAUUACACCAGUUUUUGUGUUCAAUGGACUUAGUAUAAUUCGUAAGGAUAAACCAUUUUCUUCAGAAGAUACAAGACCUUCUAAACGAGCACAAGCAUGGGACCUUUACGAAAAAGGAAGGAUGGAUGCAGCUUAUAGUAAUUGGGUGGUUUCUGGUUCUAUUCACCAGCCUGAAUUAUUAUAUUUUGUAUUUAAAAUUUUAAAAGAGAAUGAUGUGGAAUUUAUUCGAGCACCAUAUUUAGCUUGGGGUCAG